AUGCUGGCAACAACAGUUUUUCCUUCUAAAUCCUCAGUAGGCUUACGAUCACACCACCGCCACAUGUCUAUACGCUCCGCUGUGGCGCAGAACGCGCCGCUAUCCGCGGUGGCAGUGGACAGAGGAAGUCUCUACGAGGUUCUGCGGGUCAAGCACAACGCAUCUCAAACAGAAAUCAAGACGGCGUACCGAACGCUUGCCAAGAUAUACCACCCCGAUGCCAGAUCGCGUUUCAUGAAUUCCUCGAUUUCUUCUUCAUCAUCAUCGGACGGUCAAAGUUUCAUCGAGAUCCACGACGCCUAUAGUACGUUGUCGGAUCCUGAGGCCCGGGCGGUGUAUGACUUGAAAUUGAGCAUCGGAUCGCAACGGUGGAGACCGCCAUAUUCGAGUGUUUAUGGAUUACGGAGUUCGGGUCGGGCGAGAUUUAACCCGACUCGAAGGUGGGAAACGGAUCAGUGUUGGUGA